AGGUAUAUAAUCUGUAAUAUAUACACAUUUGGGAAUAUACGCAAAAUCUGAACCAAUUAUAAAAAUUCAUUUGAUGUUUACUUUUGUUUUUUAAUUCUAUAGAAGUGAUGAUUCAAAAUAUAAAUUAUAUAAAUUGUGUUGUAAAUAUCAGCAAGCAAAGCCUAUUACAAUAAUCAUGGAUGAAACAAUCGCCAAGAGGGAAGCAAGAAGAAGACGAAUUUUAGAAAAUUCCGAACGUCGUUUACAAAAAAUUACUGGAAAAAAUAACGGAAAUGAAUGCAAAGAUAUAUCAACUAAAUGUACUGCUUUAGAUGUAUACGCAAAUGUAUUAGAGUUAGAAGUAAAUGGUAUAUCUGUAAACAAAGGACUUAUUCAGGAUAAAAAUGAUACUUUAUAUUUUCAAGGUGAUAAUAUUACAAAAAACAAAGAUAAAACAAAUAUUGAAUCAUAUUUUGGUUUAAAUAAUGAAGAUUCUUUUGUAUUGAGCAAUUCGUACAAAUGUAAUGACAUAACAAAUGACAAACUUGAUUGUACAAAUAAUAUAUCCAAUUUAAAGCAUGUUGGUUAUCACAAUGAAAGUACAGAUUAUAUACAAGAGAAAAAUUCUACUAAUUACCAAAUACAACACAAUGUAUGCAAUAAAAGUAUACUAUCCUCUAAUUUAUUAUGUAAUCACAUAAGUUAUAUUGUGUUAGCAGCUAUAGUUAACAUUCUAUUAUUAUUUAAAAUGGAUCAUCUGUUUGGAAAGUAUAUUAUUAUACCCUAUUUUAUUAUGAUGCUUGGACGUUUAUGUGCCCGUAAUAACAUUCAAGAACCACAACAUGGAAGUCCUUUAAUUGCUGCUUUGAUAUUGUGUAAUAUUAAGCCUGUGCUAACUUAUCGACUUACAAGGGCAAUAAGCAUUCUUACCUCAAUAAUCACAGAUUUAGCAUUAUAUAUUUUCAGCUUUACUUUAAUCUAUUGUGCAAUUACAUAUUAUUUACAAGAUUUCAAUAUUUUAAUUGCAUCAAGUAUGUAAAAACGUAAUAUAGAAAGAUAAUGUUUUAUUGAAAAUUAUUAGCAAAUAACUAUGUAUAAGAAAAGAAAGAGUAAAUUGUUUUAUAGCAUAUAAUGUAUCCAUACACAGCACACACAUAUUAGGUAUGAUUUUGAAUAAAAUUAUUAUUCUCUUAUUAAAUAAAUACAUAAAUACAAAAUAACAA